AUGACCCAUGCCAUGAUCUCCAACGCAGAACAGUGGUGGUGUGGCCAAGCGGUGGUGUUCUGUGUCGUUGGGUCUUUCUUCACUCAUGCCGUCAUCUUCCUCUCUUUGCUCGAUACAAACCCUGCACCAUCAAUCGUGCAAUUCGUCCCAUGGCUGUCAGCCAUUCCGUUCGAGGUUACAAUUCUCUCCACUUCAGUUGCGAUCUAUUCUCAUACCCACCGUGAACCUACAAUUGAAGAUCCACAUGGCGGAAGAUUGCGCACGAAGAUCACAUGCUGGGAGGCAUUGGAGAUCUCCGCAGGCUCUGUGCGGAUUUUGGUUCUCGUACUGCUUGUCGCGUCCUACGUGUUCAGAUCUGCCUGCAAAUCUCGCGCCUUAAAUGAGGCCGAAGAUGCCGAUGUCGGAGAGACAACCAGUUUACUAGACUCGAGGGGGAACGCCAACUCAGAUGACAGUGAUGCGUUGACCGACGGUCAACAGACCCCUGAGGUCGAAGCGUGGGUACGGCCUUUGACGACCCCUUCCACAAACUGGAUGGAAUAUCUGAGUGGUUAUUCCCUGUUCUUUCCAUAUCUGUGGCCUUACAAAUCUCUCCGGUUGAAAAUGGUGGUCGUCAUCUGCUUUGCCAUCUUAAUUGUGCAGCGAGCAGUAAAUAUCCUUGUCCCAUAUCAAGUGGGAGUAAUUGCAGACUCAUUGUCAACCAGCGAUGGAACUCUGAGCGUGCCUUGGAGGCCCAUCUGUUUGUAUACCAUUUACCGUUGGCUUCAAGGCAGCCAAGGUUUUCUCGAGUCCGUUCGUUCGAAUCUGUGGAUUUCAGUGAGCCAGUAUGCAUACAUGGAGUUAUCCACCGCUGCAUUUGAGCAUGUUCAUAAACUAGGACUGGACUUUCACCUGGGUAAAAAGAUGGGCGAGGUUCUCUCUGCUCUCACCAAAGGCAGCUCAAUCAACACUUUCCUUGAGCAAGUGACCUUUCAAGUGUUGCCUAUGUUCGUUGAUCUGACCAUCGCUAUCGGAUAUUUUCUAGUCGUGUUUGACGUGUAUUAUGCGUUGGCGGUUGCUAUCAUGACAUUCUUCUACCUCUAUUCAACCGUCAAAAUCGCCUCGUGGAGAGCCAACAUGCGACGCCAAAUGGUGAACGCUUCUCGGCAGGAAGAUGCUGUCAAAAAUGACUCUCUUGUGUCCUACGAAACUGUCAAAUACUUCAACGCAGAGGAAUACGAGUUCAAUCGCUAUCGAGGGGCGGUCUCGGACUACCUACGGGCAGAAUGGCAUUCCCUCUUCGCCCAGAAUCUGAUGAAUAUUUUCCAAAAUAUCAUCUUUAUGCUUGGCCUUCUCAUCACUUGUUUUAUCUGUGCAUACCAAGUGGCUCGCGGUCAACGUGCAGUCGGCCAGUUUGUGACUCUCCUUACCUAUAUGGCCCAACUCCAAGCCCCAUUGAACAUCUUCGGAACCUUCUACCGGUACAUUCAAUCAGCGUUGAUCAAUGCAGAGCGUCUACUCGAGCUGUUCCGCGUCCGGCCAUCAGUGGUGGAUGCACCGUCUGCGACACCGCUAGCAGUCUGUCACGGCCGCAUCACCUUCAACGAUGUCCAAUUCUCAUAUGACACACGGAAACCCGCUCUCAAUGGAUUGACCUUUGACUGUAAGCCGGGUACAACCACUGCUCUGGUGGGCGAAUCAGGUGGAGGGAAAUCUACAAUCUUCCGCUUGCUCUACAGGUUCUACAAUCCGACCGGCGGUAGCCUUUUCAUUGACGGACACGACACCCAGACCUUGACAAUGGACUCGGUGCGAAGACACAUUGGCAUUGUACCACAAGACACAGUCCUUUUUAAUGAAACAAUCAUGUACAACCUCAAGUAUGCCAACCAGGACACCACUGACGAAGAAGUCUAUGAGGCCUGCCGUGCAGCUAGUGUCCACGAAAAGAUUAUGGCUUUCCCCGACGGUUAUCAAACCAAAGUGGGAGACCGUGGCUUACGACUCAGCGGUGGUGAGAAACAGCGCGUUGCCAUUGCCCGAACCAUUAUCAAGAAACCUCAGAUCAUCCUGCUUGACGAGGCCACGGCCGCAUUGGACUCCGAGACGGAGCAGAAUAUCCAAGAAGCACUAUCUGUGUUGUCGCGCGGGCGUACAGUGCUAGUCAUUGCUCAUCGGCUGAGCACUAUCACAACUGCUGAUAACAUUGUCGUAUUGCACGAAGGUCGUGUCGCCGAGAGUGGAACCCAUGAGCAGCUUCUGGCUUCUCAAGGUCGAUAUACAACAAUGUGGCAGAAGCAGAUUCGUGCGCAGACCGACUCUGUGGGCUUGGAGGCCUUGUCAGGCCCGACAUAG